AUGGACUCUGCAGGAAGGAUGUACAUCACAAAUGCCAUAUUAGAGGAAUUAUUAUACACAAACAGCUGCUAAGGCUCACCCAGGGCUAUUGGAAUAAAAAGAUAGAAGAAACCUGACUGUAAGCCAAAGGAAGAAUUGGCUUUUAGCUGCUUUAAACAUCAGCUGCAUGUUGCAUCUGCAAAGAGAAUUCACUCCAGCCUUACCUGAAGGAGAGGCAUUUUGGCUCUGCCUACACUAUUGAGCCUCCAACCUCUGCAGACUGGAAAUUUUGCUGUUUCAUUGCCAUUAGCAAAUAGUUGUGGUAUCUCUUUGCUUUAGCAAACUGGAAAAUGGAGAUGAAGAGAAACGCAACAGAGCUGCUGUGGCUGUUCCUGUUAUUCUCUGAUACUGUGACAUUCAGCUAUGAGAAAUCAAUGAGAGAGCGAGCUAUCGAGCUGAUGCAGGAUGCACGUUUAAUCGAUGGCCACAAUGACUUUGCACUGCGGCUGAGAAUAUUUUACCGAAAUAGACUCAGCAGAGUCAACUUAAGAGAACUCAACAUGACCCACACAAACCUUGUGAAACUUCAGGCUGGCUAUGUGGGAGCUCAGUUUUGGUCAGUGUAUGUUCUUUGCAGCGCCCAGAACAAAGAUGCUGUGCGUCUGACCUUAGAGCAAAUUGAUGUUGUCAAGAGGAUGUGUAACAGCUAUGAAGAGCUAGAACUUGUGACAACUUCUAAAGGUAUCUCUGGCAGUAGAGGGAUUGCAUGUUUGAUUGGAAUAGAAGGUGGUCACUCCAUUGACAGCAGUUUGGCGACACUGAGGAUGUAUUAUGACCUGGGUGUUCGUUACAUGACUCUAACACAUUCCUGCAAUUCACCUUGGUCUGAAUCAUCAUCUAAAGGAACACACAACUUUUAUCCUCAUGUUAUUGGCUUAACUGCAUUUGGCCAAGAAGUUGUAAAGGAGAUGAAUCGCCUGGGCAUGCUGGUAGAUUUAUCUCACACUUCGUAUUCCACAGCAAAAGCUGCUCUGAGCAUCUCAAAAGCACCAGUUAUUUUCAGCCAUUCUGCAGCAUUUUCAAUUUGCAAUCACUCAAGAAAUGUUCCUGAUGACAUCCUCCAGCAACUGAAAAAGAACAAGGGAAUUAUCAUGGUGACUUUUAACGCAGAUGUACUGGCCUGUGGCAGAAAAGCUGUUAAUGUUUCUACCCUUGCAGAUCAUUUUGAUCAUAUAAAGAAAAUUGCAGGUUCAGAAUCAAUAGGAAUUGGUGGUGACUACGAUGGAGUGGAUCGUUUUCCUGAGGGACUGGAAGAUGUUUCUAAAUACCCUUCUUUGAUUGAGGAACUUCUUAGAAGAGGAUGGAAUGAAACUGAACUAAAAGGGGUCUUAAGGGAGAACUUUCUCCGUGUCUUCAGGGAAGUGGAAAAGGUGCGGAACAUUAGUGGACUAAUGGAUGUAGGUGAGAGUGAAAUUCUGCAAGAAGAAGUACGAAAUUCCUGUCGCCUAGACCUAGAAAAUUAUCAACUUCAGACAACCAGGUCCUUUGGAUUUCCUUCUGUGGCACAACCUUUUUGUCUGACCUUUGUAAUUGUAUCAUAUUUAAUAUUCUAUCAUGAGUCGUAAGACCUAUAGAGUCUAGAGAGAGAGAUCUGGAGUAAUCUACAAUGCAACUAAUUGUUUUUUGGGUUUUGUUAAUGUAAAGCUAUGCUAAAGUUUUCAGUAUGAUUUCUUAUAAAUUCACCUGCGUACUUGAAAAUUAAUGUAGAUUUUAAAUGUUUUUGCAAACGCAUUUAGAAUUUGAACUGAUAAAUUCUGUCAUCUUGGCAAAACCAGGACCAAUGUAGCUAAUGGAAAGUAUUUAAAUCAAAUCAAUAAAAUCUCUAAUACAGGA